AUGUCUUUGGUUCACUUGGCUAAUGUUUGCGCACAUCUUCAAAAUUGCUCGAGGGCUAGAAUGUCUCUAACGUCGAUUCCAUAUACAAAACUACAUUUGAAUUUCGCCUAUAACUUAUAUCAAAAUGGCUUUCUAUCAACAUUACAACGUGGUUCCACCAAGGGCCCUGAUCUCAAGCCAGUCGAAGUAACCCCUGAUAACAUUGCUACCAGAAGGCUAUGGGUUGGAUUAAAGUAUAGGGAAAACAAACCCGUUUUAAACGCAUGCAGGCUGAUUUCAAAACCCAAUCUAAGAAUUCAUCUGCCUUACGAUGAUCUUAAGAAGCUUUGCACAGGUGUUACCGUAAGAUUAAUCAAACCUUUGCAGCCAGGUGAACUAAUUUUGGUGAAAUGCGGUCACCAAAUAUACGAUAUAAACCAGGCGGUUGCUAAGAAGCUAGAUGGUGAAGUAUUAUGCAGAGUGAGGUGA